UCAUCAAUGCCAGUCACAUCUUUACUAAGACCCACAACGAUUGCCUCACAGCUAACGGAAACCGUGCUUUUACGGCUGCCCAAGAACUGCAGCUGCAUCAAUAGCAACCAGAAAAAAGUUGGUCUGUGAAACCGAUCUCAAUUGAUUUAACAGAGGACACCGAUAGGGAAACGUUUGCCCGUGAAAAUGAAAUCGAAAAUCGAAUGGGAAAACUUCCUAGAAGACGAAUUUCUUAGUCCUUUAUAGCCGUAGCGGGCUAUCUUGCGCCCGGCUGCCCCUCCUUCACAACGGCCAUGAACACCGACCCUGCGCAUUAUACUUUAACGCCCACCAACAUCUCAGAUGGCCUUGCGAACCGAUACGUAUACCGCACCAUCAACUACAUUCGGCGAUAGCUCAGUGCUCAUUUUAAUCGACACCUUACACUAGUACCGUACCUAAUACGAAGAUCUGUAACGCGAACGAUAAUUUAGUGGUAGGCAAAUCGAACAAGCAAUCAAUAGAAUUAGCGAACGCUCCUGCAGCUGCUGCGUCGGUUCCUGGAAGCUACAUAUCAAUAGGUUAUUUCGAUCAAAACUCAGAAUGCGUCUGCGAGUUUGAUCACGAGCGUGCCGCAGUUCCAACUGCCCUUUCGCUGCUGCUAUCGCUGGUUUGCCCUGGCCAGUCUCUUGGCCGCACCGUACACCGCGGCCGGCCCUUACUCCGUUGUUCGGGUCAUGCCCCGUCUUCGUUGCCGAUAUUAUCAGGUUCAUCCUUCGGUGAGACAAGCUCAACGAGUAGCAUCUCGAAUGAAGUGGCCACUUUGUCACGAAAUGACGCCGGCCAACUGGAGAAAGUCUAGCGGGCCAUAGGCGGCAACCGAAGUCGGCAAUUAGGACCAGCUUUUGGGACCCGGCUGUGUGUCGCUUCCAAGCGGGUCUUUGUGCUCGUACGUUUAAACCAUCAGCGCUAAAAAAAUAAAAUCUAAUAGAUGCCAAGAAAUCUGUUGUAUACGAUUUUCGGUGAGAAGUACGCUAGAGCUUGUACGUAACCAAAUGAAGAGGGGCGCUCCGUAGUGUUUCACCCCCAUUUGUAUAUAGGAAAAAUAAGCUAAUUUUCUAAAGCAUUCAGUGAUGGGAUGACGCGUAAUUACGGACUCUACACGCACAUGAGACAUAAUCAGCGCGUAAUGUAAAUAAUUAUUGUCGCGUAAAAGUUUAAAGAGGCAGAGAAACUUCACAGUUAUUCGCUUUUAAAAUCUUACAAUUUUGUGUUGAUGCGUUGUUGAGCGUUGCUUACUUGUUCAAUGUAUCAAUUCACUCGAUCUUAGGCAAAUCCAUACCUUACCUUCAGUAUUGCCAUAUAAUAGCCAUAUAAUUCCAAGUACCAUCGUAUGGUAUAGUAAUAUUUUUCUUUAAAUAUUCUUCUUCUUCUUCUUCUAUUUUUUUUUAAACGUUUUAUGUUUAUAUGUUGAGACCUUACACUGUUAGCUUUGUACAAGUACGACACCAAUGUGAUUAUUAGUUACUGCAAAAAAGAUGCCUGUAUCUUUUUUUUUUUUUCAUAAUCCUCUAGAAAUGGCCGAACUCAAUUUCUCUGCAGAGUUGACAUUGGCUUCUAGACUUGGACGUGUCUGUUCUGUGCACCUAGUUAAUGAAAAGAUUUUUUCCAUUUUAUUAUAGAAAUUUCGAAUAUCCUUAUACCAAAAACUUCUCGAUGUGGUUGCCCCAUUUUCAAACCCGAAAGGUAAUGCGGGUUCUGUUUAUCGAUUGACUUUGACAGCAACAACAACAACGACUAUCGUUCAUUACGAAAAUAGCAAUCUAAGAUAUGUAUAAACGUACCCAAAAAAAUAUGCGGACGAACGGAAUGAUAUAAGGUGUAACUUAGCCGUGCUCGUUAUUGAACGAAGUUUUUUCAACAAUAUCAUGUUACGUAAUAAUGAAGGGAAACUUCGUCGUGUAUAUCUAAGAAUGAUUUAUAGAUGCAUAGCUAUGUUAGAAGUGAUGAAGAUAGAAGUUGCUGAUAUGCUCGUAAAGGAAGCUCUAAACAAGUCAGGAACAGUGAUUUUGUGAGUUAUAUAUGGGCAAAUGGUUCCUAUCCACAGUAGAAUCACCUUGAUUGAUUCCACUAAGUGUCUUCCACUAAGUGCUGAAAAUCCGGUAUGAUCCAAAAGGUAUUUCUCGGCAACGCCGUAUAUACUAAGGCCUGAGAUAUUACAGUGGUACAAUGUACAACUACAGUAAUAGUAAUAAUAAUCAUUGUUAUUAUUAUGUAACAAUCUAACUAACAUACGUUGUAUGUUACAAAAGCCACCUUUGGAAUAUUGUUUGCGGUGGUAUCGCAGACGGUAUCUAAAUCAACCCUAUACAAAACUAACGUUUCAAGCUGACUCCGAAUAUAUGAAUAUGCCGAAAAAGAACAGCAAAAUAACUUCGUAAACCAUGACUGCCGUGAACAAGGUUACAGUUAGUUUUGUGUGUUUAGGUAUCGAAGAGGGCCAGAGGAACUUGUAUAUUUCCGUAUUCUGACGGAUGAAACCGGAAUCAUGGACCACGAUCUUGACGUGCUCGCCAGCACUUCAAUUGAUUUAAGCCGAGCACGAAACAUUCAUACAGCCUUUGCUGCCGCAACUUAUAAAAGAGCGAGAACGAAAUCAAAAAGCAGUUUAUGAAAGGCCAGAACUUCCUCGGACACCAGCCGCUGGAUACGCUCGCGCUUAUUACUCUCAGGCUACACAGGACAAAUCGAGCAGCUACAUCGGAAACUUGAUGAGCCUCGUCAUAAAAGAGAACCCCCUAUAUUCCUAAAAAAAAUUGAACUAGUAUUUAUAUAUCAGUCCUUAUAGGCCGCCUACUGAAGGCGAACCGAUUCGAAUCCUGUAGUAUCGCAUGCCAUCGUAAAUCUGCCGACUUCGCCCGCACGGUCCACUAGUCAAACUACGUACAACGAUAUCUAAGUAUGCCAAUUGGGAGAUCUUGUAUCACAAAUCUCUAUUGUAGGCAAAAUGUUUACGCUUCAUUCUGGAGACGAUGACAACCUCUUGAUCCUCCGUUAUUAUGGAUCGAUUAAAUCUGAAAUGAUACUAACGCACAGGUCGGGAUACUUUCAAACACGCACUCUUUUUAAGCAUCGCUAUCGAAUUGCCUCGUAGGGUGUAAGUACAAUCUAAUUUUUUCUAAAAAGGGAUUUUUACAGAAGUCAUACACAGGUUGCAAGUUACCUAUAAACUAACACGUGUUUUUUUUACAGGUUUAGUUUACAAAAACCUUUGUGAGGAGCCAUCAGACGAUCUGGCCUAAUUUCAAACCUGAGCGCUAGCUGAGCUUUAACGACAACUUAUAAUAAAUGGUGCUGAUGCCGCCCAGAGAAGCUUAUCUAAUAUAGAUGGGUCGAGCAGUUCGGCGAGGGAAAAUCGCUUUAUGCCAGCAAAUUGUCAGACAUUGGCCUCUGCUGUGCUCAAUUGGGCCACAGGAGAGUGCACUGAAAAAGCUGAAUCUAGUAAUCCCCAAACAAAGUGGGAAUUAACAAAAGGUUCUUGUUCCCGCUCUAUGAGCACACGUAAGCAGGGAUUGUCAAUAGGUACCGGCCAAUCGACUAAUGUCCGCAGCUCAGAAUGCAUCGUCCAAGAGUAUGUCAAUUGUGAAGAGGCGGUACUCUCGGAGCCCCAACAACAAGAGGAUCAAUGCGAAUUUUUGCCAGACCUAAUGUCUGUAGAUAGCAGCAUUUUUAGCUCUCCUCAAUGCGACCAGACAAUGCCAACGAUAAGCACUACCGGCGAAGAACUCUACGAAAUACCUAUAAUGUCGUCGGUCAAAUGUGAACCCGCAAGCCCAUCGUUUGAAUCGACGACACAGAUGAAAAGGCGUCGAUUGAUGCCGACUCUUGUAUCCCACCUUCAAAUGCCGUACGCAAAAAAACCAGCGCCCUCUUCUAUUCUAACCAGUUCCAGUCCGAUUAUCCUUAAUACGACGACGGCUACUACAUCUACUAAUUUUCUUUCGUAUGUAAAUGGACGAUUUCGAGAGACUCCGUCUGUUGAUGUUUCGACUUCGUCUUCACCGUCACCGGCAUCAGCUCUAUUGCCAGCAACAUCAAAUAUCUCGUCAGACACUUUUCCCAGUAAUAGCGCAAUUGUAGGCGGCAGGCUACUUCGCGCGCGUAGAAACGCUCCGGCGUCAGUUGGAAGUUUGUUAGCAUUAUCAUCAUCAUUUUCGUCGUCGUCGUCGUCGUCGUCGCUCGAAUUAAUGCAUGCUGUCACAACCCUUAACAAACAGGAUCGUGAAGACUCUGACGAAUCGACUACCGACGCAGUUAGCAAUUCUUCGUCAGCAAAGACUUCACGUCAACAACAACGACCACAACAACAGCAGCAGCAGCAGCAGCAAAGCCCGCCUGCAGCCUCCCCAGUCAACGAGUUGCAACCAGCUUCGGCUGCCAGCCACUCGUCUCGAUACAAUUCGGCGGAGCGUUUUGCAAACCUGAAACGAAGUUUGAAAUUGACGUCGCCCGCCAGAUUCGUCUGUAGCAGAUGCAAGAUCAACCUGUCUGGUCGUAGUGAAUGGGCUAAGCACCUCGAAUCCCAUAGAAAGUGACGUAUAUACACAUAUUUAAUUCUGUACAAAUCCUAUAACCCAAGUAUAGGCAAAAAAAUAUGAAUGCAGAGUCUGAAUGAUCUUUUGAGUGUGACCGCAAACUAUGACCUACGCCGAGUGUCUAGCUUCCCGUCACUAAGGCCAGUGAGACUGUCGUAAGUGGUCAGAGGUAUCACGUGUGUCAUAAGGUGUUCGAGAAAAUGUCGUAGGACAAACAACCGUAAUAUUCAAAUAUUUGUCUCAUUUAAAAGAAUAAUAUUAAACAAUGCAUUGUCCAAACUUCAAUAAAGGAGCCUGAACAUGUACCUUCUACAAGUAGAAACGUGUGUUCAACAUAGUAUACGUAUACGACGAUAUAUAACAUCUUAAUGAAUUCUUUCCAAGAUGUCCCUUUUUGUUAGAAACAAACAGAACGGCAGACAUUUUAACUUAACUAGAAGUAAGCUAUCUAUAAUUACUGCAUAGACGUUACAAAUUAGACAUAUGCUUUAUAAUCGCGUAGUUGUUCAGUGCACCCGCAACCACAUUGCGAUAUUUAGAUGCUUAUCGUAUAGAACUGUCUGCCUUUUUGGGUUUUACAUAAUUUGUUUUUUAAUGAAAUUGAUGUUCUUGUUUUCCUAACAUAGUCCUUAGAUUGUUUUUGUUUCGGUAGAAGCUUAAAGCUAUUAGCAGGGUGUUAUCAACGACCCCUUCUUCGAUAAUGUCGAUCGUCUAAACAUUGACUUGUGUGGCGUUAUGGUUUCCUGUUUGACGGAGUCUAAUAAAGCUUUCUUCUUGUAGGAAAUCUGGAAACGACACGGUCCCAAGACUAAGACGUACCGCGAACCUAGGCUGAGCUGAUAUGACCAUACAAAAUGCCCAGAACCCGUACGUUCAAGAUGCGGGACCCCGGAUCUCAAGGCCGAAGGCCUUAAAUGAUUUGCUAUGUGCUGCACUAUUGCUUUUUUUUUUAGGACACUGUCGUUUUAAUUAAAAUUAUGACUACGAUAAUAGUUUAAUCGAUAACCGGCUAAUUUGAUACCGUAACUGACUAGAUAGUUGUUUUCGUAGCUUCAACUGAUCAUCGUGUCCGAAGUAAAUGACAGACAACCGUUGGGAAUCAAAGCUUCUUAAACCUUCGAGGGUACUUUUCAAUGUUUAAACACAACGUCCGACAUAGAAAAGUAAACUUUUCACCAGCUAUCCAGAAAAGAAUUACUUACACUACUAAUCUUGAUUAGUGAAAGAGGAUGCACUAUUAAAAAGCAAGCUCUGUGACG